UUGAAUACAUAGAAAUGCGUAUUUCAAAGAAGUGUACAAUUUAAAAAAGGCGCCAUAUUCACGAAAGUUCUUAAUCCCUUGUUAAUAAGCUUAGUGGUUAUGUCGAGCUUAUAAUUAGGGAGAAUGUAUUACAAUAGUUCCAUUCCGAAAAAAAUUCUUUGUGAGGAUUUAUAUUUGCAAUACGAAAAGUUAAUAAAAGACAACAUUUUUAUUAUUCAAAGGCAAAGUUUUAACUUGAGGAGUUAUUUGUUACGUCGAAGGAAGGAGAUCGUCCAAAUUAUUAGGUUACUUUUCUAAAUCAGGUAAGAACAAUUUUUGUUCUGUCAAAAUCUUAAUCCCAUUAUUCACGUGUCUAAUAGAAAACAAAAUGAUAAUGAGGAACCAAUAGAAUUGAAAAAAUUACGGGAAAUUUAUGAUAAAGUACAAAAAGGAUUAAUAUCGAUCGAAGAGGAUUGCGAUAAAUUUUGGGUAGAAAUGAAAUUAGAUUUGUUAUUAGAAAAUAAUAGUCGAUCUGAGCCUUUGUUAGACAAACUUCCGAUAAAAAUAAAAACGGCUUACGAAGCAUGCAAAAAUGCUUUAUUGGAAAACGAUGAAAAUAUUUUGUCAUUGGAACGUUGUCAUUGCAUAUGGAAAAAUGUAUCUGAAUCGGUUAUAAACGAUGGGAAGAUUAGAUCGGAAAGAUUAGAUCUUUUACCCACGAAAUUCGACGAAACCGACUUGAAAUUUAAGCAGGACUUAAUGGAAUUACGAACCAAAGUGUUUUCUUUGGUCAACGACAAAAUAGACACGUAUGCCGUAUUUAAAUCUUUGCGUUAAUAUUAUAACAAUUUCUUUUUCUUUUAUCACUACAAAAAAUGAUAUAUAUAUAUAUGUAUGUAUGUAUAUAUAUAUACAGGCGCGCGCGCGUGUAUGUGUAUGUGUAUUAUACAAAUAUUUAUUAUUAAGGAUUUGUCAGGGAACAGAAAAUGCAGUUUCAUCCAUGCAAAAAAGUUACUAUCAAAUCAUUAAAAAGUACAAACGUUCGUCCACGUCAUUGGACAAAAUAGAUUUAUCACAUAUUCACGCUUUGAGAUAUAUCGACGGAGAAUUAACGAAAAACGAAGGAUGGUCUAACGUUCUCGAUACAACUGGUAAAGAACUUAGAUCGAAAUGGUACCUAGUUGUUUCCCCUCAAAUAGAAAAAAUGUUGAAGAAUCGACGGAUAUAUUCGCUUCGUUUGGAUCCAUCAAAGGUCUUUAAUUUUUUGCUAUCUAUACCUGAAAGUGGAGUACACUUUAAAUUGUCGAAGAAAGAUCUACUUCUUUUAUUGCGAGACAUUUCUGAGGAAGGGCCUUGGAUAACGAGUUGGAAGCCUCAAUUAAAAACUCUUGAUAAAAAGAAAAUCGCCGCCAUUUUGAUACAAUCCUGUUGGCGUGGUUAUUGGGUCCGUAAACAAUUGAACGAAUCGUAUCGUCGUUACAUAGCAGCUAGCGUGUUAUGGUACAAAUGGUUAUUCAAAAAACACAAACGCGAGAUAUAUGCUAUUCACUUGAAAAAAAUGCUCUUGUCGCUGGACAUAAGUCGAGUAUUUAACGAGAAAUUAAGCAAAGAGUUUUACGACUUGAUUAAGUGUCCACACGUGAUAAUACAUCUUCCAUCGAUUGGUCAUUCCAUUAACAUUCGUCAAACGUACUCUCCAAAAUUAUUUAAUAUUUAUCAGCAUUCAAUGAUUUUGAGACUCUCCUUUCUACGUAAUCAAAUGUCUGAGUUCGUUUAUAUUUUACCUGUCGAAAUUACGCAAGAUUUACUAUCCAUGUACGUUGAUAUAAUCGAUUCUAUCAUUUCACAAGAACGUACAGCGAAUCGCGUAACGUUUCUUGCUCUUUCACAAGCUAAGACUUUCGAACGUACACACAUGAAUGUAUCUAGGAUUUUACAUUGCUCGGAAAGCACCUUAACAGCUAUCAAAAAAAAGAUCAAUGAAAAACCAGCGUAUAUUUUACCUUGGAUCGUUGACGAAUGCGAUCUUAGAAUAUCGGACUAUCUUCGCGUACCUUUGUUAGGGCCAGAUAUGAUGCUACAACAAGAGUUGUUAAAUCUAUCGAAAAUGAGUGAAAUAAUCGAAAAUCUUGGUUUACCACAACCGGCUCAUUCCAAAGAUAUACGAGAUUAUACGAAACUUUGCGCCAAUUUAGCUGAACUAAUCGUAUUAAACACUGACAUUUGUUUAUGGCUGAUCAGGUUGAAUUUCGGUAUACACAGCAAACACUAUGGUGUAUUUUUGAUCAAUCACAUUAGUGUACCAUUCAUGCCUGCGAUCAGAGAAAUAAGAAAACAGUAUGGCGACGAAUGGAUAAGUAAUUCUCAUGUACGAGAAGAAUAUUUAAAUGCCUUGUUAAUUCAUUUACCAAAAGUUGUCUCCAUUGUAACGAGUUUCAACAAACUCUGUUAUAAUUCAUGGAAAGAUUUUUAUAAUCACAUACAAAAGCUUGGAUGUCUGUUGCAAGCUGUACCACAUGAAAAAAAUUCAAGUACCAUAUCUGCAACACUUUUUAUUCCAAAUAAGAUUACUAAAAGACCUAUCAAAUGGACCGGUACUUCGAAUAAAAUACAAUUAGACUUUAACCUUUCAUUGUACGCUUUUAUGAUACCACAGACAACAGUGAAUACAGAGAUUUUAAAUCCAAAUAUAAAUAAACUUGCUUAUGCUCUGCAACAGCAAGGCUACUUUGGAUAUUUGACUAUAGAUUGUUAUUGUUAUUUCGAUAAUAACAAAGAGAAGAUGGUUGUAUUAUUACUCAAUAUUCAUCCUUAUUAUUCUCACACGCAAAUGUACGUUGAUUGGAUGAAAUUUGUCAUCGAUGGUUCUUACAAGGUAACGGCACAAUUAGUGACACAUCCGACGGAUGUUGUGAAACUUCGGAUGCAAAUGACGAACAAUAGUUUCGUACACACUAUACGUGAAAUUCUUAAAAUGAAAAAUCCUCGUAGGUUUUACGAUGGAUUAAGUGCAGCUCUUCUUCGUCAGAUAACUUAUACUAUGACCAAAUUGGGAAUGUAUUCGACAACGUUGGAAUAUUGGACGACUCAUUUUGGACGUCCUAGCUAUGGUGGUAUGAUUAGCAUUGGAAUGUUCUCUGGCAUCACUGGUGCUUUUGUUGGGAUACCUGCUGACGUUGUACUAGUACGAAUGGUAGGCGAUGUUAAAUUACCACCAGAAAAACGUAGAAAUUAUAAAAAUGUUUUAAGUGCUCUUGUGGAUAUAUCCAAAAAAGAAGGAAUUACAGCAUUAUGGAGAGGUACUAUACCUACUCUUGGAAGAGCGGCUGUCGUCAAUGGUGUACAAUUGGGUACAUAUAGUCGAGCGAAAUAUGCGUUGUUAGAUACCGGUUAUUUCGUAGAUAAUUUAGGGACGCAAUUUCUAGCAGCUAAUAUUUCCGGUUUUGUUGCGACUCUUACAUCUCUACCGUUAGACUUAGCGAAAACAAAGUUUGUAAAUACAAAAUUGGAUGGGACCAUCGAACCCCCCAGGCAUGAUUAAAGUAUUGUUAAAUACUAGUAAACAAAAUGGUAUUUUUUCGUUGUGGCGAGGAUUUUUAGCUUACUAUACGAAGGCUGCUCCUACGACAAUAAUUACUAUGCUGUGUGUUGAUCAAUUACAAGCGUUAUAUCUUCGUAUUUUCACUUGAACUUAUAAUUAUAAAAAAUGUGUAUUUAUGUAUAUACCACACGAAUAAAUUAAUUUAUUUUACUUCGUGUUAUACCGUUAA